AUGGCGGCCGUGGACGCGGGCGGGCUGGAGCGGGGCCCACCUGCGGGCAUGGUGCCCGUGCGGCUGCGGACCCCGUCGGGGAGGACGGCCGUGUACUACGCCGCGCCCGGCAGCGCCGCCGCGGCGGGGGCGGUGGCCGCCGGGCCGCAGGCGCAGGCGCUGCCGCUCGAGCAGCAGCUGCAGCAGCAGCUGCAGCAGCCGCAGCAGCCGCAGCAGCAGCAGCCGCAGCAGCAGCAGCAGCAGCAGCAGCCGCAGCAGCAGCAGCAGCUUCAGCUUCAGCAGCAGCGACUGCCGAGGCCGCCGCCGCCGCCUGGGCAGCCCGCGGCACAGGGCAGCGACGAGACUUCCGCCCCCGCUGAAGGUGCUGCUGGCAGUGGAGACGGCACGGGUUCACCCAGCAGUCAGGACAACGGUGCCGAGGCGGCCGCGCCAGAGCAACUCGCGUUUGGCGGCCCCGAUCCCAUCUGCGUUGGGGAGUACGCUUACCAGGACGGCGACCUGGCGCUUGUUGUGCACGUAGACCACACCGUGGAUCCGGCGAGCUACGUCGUGCAGAUGGUGCAGACGGGCCAGGAGGUGAGCACCCAGAGGCAAUGGCUGAUGUCCGUCCACGAGGCGCAGGCCAUGCAGCAGGCGGCCGCCCAGCGGGCGCAGCAAGAGCAGCAGCUGCACCAGCGCCACCAUCAACAGCGGCAGGAGCAGCAGCAGCAGCCGCAGCCGCAGCAGCAGCAGCUCGCGUUCGCCGACAUGGUGCAGAUGCAAAAUGCGAAGCAUCGGCAGCAGCUGCAGCCGGAGCUGGAGCAGCAGCCCGAGGAGCAACUGGAGCAUCAGUCGCAGCAGCAGCCGCAGCAUCAAAUGGAGCAGCAGCUGGAGCAACUGGAGCAGCAGCCGCGACAGCAGUGGCAGCCAGAGCAGCAGUACCAGAUGUUCCAGCAGCAGUUUCAGCAGCAGGCGCUGCUGCAGCAGGAGCUCCUCCAGCAGCAGCACCACCACCAGCAGAUGCUGCAGCUGCAGCAGCAGCCGCAUCAGCAGCCGCAGCUGCUGCAGAGCCCACAGGGCCUGCAGCCGAGCAUGCGGCCGGGCGUGCAGCACCUGGCGGCCCACCCCGCGGACGGCCUCCCGGCGCAGCCGCGCGCGCCCUGGCACACCCCGGCGCCCGCGCCCUCGCUCGCGCCGUGCUCCUCCAUGUGCUACGCGCCGGCCCCGCACGCCCACUUUCCCCACGGCCGCGCGGACCCGCCCCGCCAGGCGCCAGACAGGCCCGAGAACCACGCGCUGAGGGAGCUCAGCGAGCUGCUGGACAGGGCAGAAGCAGGAGCGCUGCUGGGCCCGCGCGGGCUCCAUGCCGACAGCCCGCCGCCGAGCCCGCCGGCCCUGCGCCGCGCCGCCCACGGCGCCGCAGGCGCGCCGGCCGCGGCCAACUUCGCGCUGCAGGCGGCGGCGGAGGCCCUCCGUGCGCUGGACGAGCCGGCCUCAGCGCGCAGGGGCCACUCGCGGCCAUCGCG